AUGCGUGUGCUCUAUUGGAAUAUCAAUGGGGUGGCAAAGGUGGAGGCUGGGCAGAAGUUACGUGAACUAGUUCAUGACCUGAAGCCGGAGAUUCUUUGUGUUGCUGAGCCAAAGAUUAAGUUCUCUGAUAAGGUAAUUUGUAAGUUAAAUUUAACUGGUUUUAUGAGGAAGGCUGUUCAUAAUUCUUCUAUGCAUAAUAUUGGGAAUCUUUGGAUCCUGUGGAGUGCUAAUAUUGAAGAGCCAGUGGUGGUUAAUAUGACUAGACAAGCAAUUACUGUUAGAACUGAGGGGGUUUUAAUCUCUUUUGUUCAUGCUAGUUAUAUUCAAGUUUUUCGAAGAAGAUUAUGGUCUCAACUUUCAGCUGUGGAUACUACAACUCCUUGGCUGAUAAUGGGGGAUUUCAACUGUGUUCUUCGUCAAGAUGAAAAGAAGGGAAGCCGUGAGUUUACUUGGACUAAUGGUCAAUCUGGUGUUAGUAGAAUUCUUAGUAAAUUGGAUCGUGCUAUUAUCAAUGAGCCUUGGUUGAAGGAGGCAAUCAAAUUGUGGAAUCAAACGGUCGUUGGGAAUGUUAAUGCUAGGCUGAAACAAGCUCAACUUAAGUUUGAAGUGGCUUGUAGGAAUUCUGAUGAGGAUCCUUUUACUACUUCUAAGUUGAAUAUUAUGAAGGAUUCUCUGGUGGCGGUUCAAUAUGUUCGUAUGCAGCAUCUUACUAUGUUGAAACAACAGGCUCGUAAUAGGUGGAUUUUGGAGGGUUCUAGUAACACUUCUUUUUUUCACAGCAAUAUAAACAUUCGAAGGAGCGCAAAUACAAUCUCGGAGUUGGUUACUGAAGAUGGUGUGACUAUCUCAGAGCCUAUUCAGCUUCAUGACCAUGUGCUUGCUUGGACACUUUUCUAG